CUUUGAAUUUUAAGUAUUAUUAAAAUUUAAAUAAUUUAUAUCCAUUUUCUGAGUUAAAAGGAAUUAUCUAUAUUGUUAUUCUUGAAGUUUGUGAAAAAAGAAUUUAAGGCAAAGUACCAAAAAUGGAUUCAUCACUCUCAAUGAAUCCUUUAGCAAGUGUACAACUUAUACCCGUCAUUAAUUAUCUGAACCUUCUUAGUGAUUUUCUAUUCGUAGAAAAAUCCAUAUCGGAAUAUGAUCAACACAAACCGAUUCCAAUCAUCAACGGUCUGUACCAGUACUUCGAGGAUCAUCGCUCUAACCAAACUUUGAUAUUAAAACUAAUUCGAAGUUUAUUGCUAGGCAGUGAUCUCUACGGGGAAAAAGAGAACGAAAACAUUGAUGUAAUUUUUGUCAAUACAAUGUUUGACUACAUCAUUAGUUCCCUAGUGUUUGCCAAAUACGGAAAUAUUUACGGUUUUUUAGCCGAUACUAUUCGUCAGGAGGAGAAUUUACAGUUUGAUUACAUUUUAGGAAGAGUGAAAGAAAAUCUCAGAAAAGCAGAAUUCGAAAAUGAAUACGGUAAUAGUUCGACUCUUACGGAAUUAUCUGUUAGUAGAAUAUUUAACGACUUGCUAAUGCCAUUGUUUCCUGUAAGUCCCUAUUACAUCAAUUUACUGUCUCUUGAUUAUAUUUUUGCACAAGCUGGCUCGACGUUCCUUCGUCUUGGAAGAUUCAAUGAAACCUACUAUACGAAUUUCCAAAAUUACACAACAAUCAACUUUGAUGAUGGUGACAUUUUUAAUGAAUACCUCCUAAUAGGUUGUAUUAUAGAAAAUUUACUGUUUCAUAAAGUAAUGGACCCUUUAGCUUUAAAAGUUUUUGCCCUUCCAGCCCUAUGUCACUACGUUUCAAAGAAACAAGAAACAAAAAAUGAAACAAUAGAAAAAAUAAUUUUUAAUCCUCAUCAUUGGGGGGCAGCAUACGAUUAUCUUUUCACCUACCUAGAUAAUUCUUUCACCAAAAUUAAAAAUCAACUUGAAAACGAUAGCGUACAUCAAAUUCACCAAGUGUUCACAAAUUUCCACAGUCGUGCAAAAUUUGCUAAAUUAGUUUUAGAUUUAAAGUGCAAAUUUUUAAACGAUCAUUAUCGUGAAACAAGAAUUCCCGUUUAUAUCGAUAAUGCCGAUUAUUUCAAAUGCAGAAGUGGUGAUGUUCUACCAAACAUAAACGACUGGUUCAAUGAUCAACUCCAUAAUAUUGGGGAGGUAUACAAAAAACACGAUUUAGAAAUUACACUGCAGUUAUUUAAGGAUUCUUUUGCAGAAGACCUUCAGAAUAUUGUAAUAAACUUGGUAGAUGCCACUAACAAUACAGGGAUAGAUAUUAAUUUUAAUAAUCAACAAUAUUUACCUUACGAUUUACUCGAACUUUUCGAUAUUAAUUAUCCCGUUCCUCACUAUUAUGCUUUAGUUCGAGAAAAUUAUACUAUCAGAAUUAUCAGUAAAAACGAAGAACCAGAACUUUUUCAUCAAACAAUUGGUCCAUCCGAAGAAUAUAUUCUAGAAAAUGCACACCGUAUUACUUUAAAGUUUGCCAACGAAAGUAAGCAACAAUUUAUAGACGAACUAAUAAACUAUAAAAAAGAUCGUCUCAAGACCUAUUUGAAUUAUUCCGAAAAUAAUCUGGAACAUGACGAAUGGUGGAGAGAAUUCGGACUGUCCUUGAUACCGUACUAUCCCUGUUUGACAAACAUCACCAAUAACUAUCAAGAAAUCAACAAAUUUCCCUGUGAAAAAGAAAAUAUCAAGUUUCUCAAUAAACUUCAAGAUUCCUCGCAUUUAAUAAACAGAAAAACCCAAAAUCUUCUAUUAUCCCUUGGUACAAAUCUCAAAACAGUAUUUAUCAACGACCUGAUAGAUGGAAGUGUCCUAGAUGAAUUAGAAACAGUCCACAAAAUAACUUUAUCCUUCUUAAAAUUUACCACACCCGUGAAUAAGAUUUACGAAAAAUUUUCCCAACACAUCGAAGAGCCUAAUAUGGAAAAUUCGUGCAUUACACAAGAAGGAAUAAACUUUGUCUCAACAAUUAUUGACUUUUUGGAAAGAAAUAUUAAUCAAUCGUUUCCAAACAGUAAACGUAUGCUUUUGAAAAUGCAAGUUUUAAAAACCAGGUACACCAUAAUUGUUGGGAAUAUUACUGAAGAAUUAAAUCUAUCAUUGUACGUUAACAGUUGGAAUAGAAAUGUUGGUUAUGGUUACAAAUUUGUGAAUAUUAGAAAUAAAACUAACGACGCAAUUAUCUUGGCACAAUUAAGAACUAGCUAUGAGUUAAAGAAGAAAAUAUUCAUAUCACUAAUUUCCAAUUUAUCGAAAAGUAACGAAAAAUUAUACAGGAACUACAAUGACGAAAUUUACGGAAAUAAGAAUAAUGUAAAAUUUUUGAAGUUUUCGGAAAAUUCAUCGAAACUUGAGGAAAUAUUACUUAAAUAUGAAAACGGAAAACUUGUUCCAGUCAAUGAUAGCGAAAAUUUAAUCUAUGAAAUUAAUAAUCAACUCCGACGAGAAUAUAUUAAAACUUCGUUUUAUGGAAUUUCGAUCCACAAUCAUGAUAAUAGUCAAUGUAUGACAGAUCACUAUUUGAAGAAAACCAAAUAUUUUCGUAUUUGCACAAGACAUUGGCGACAUUUAACAAGAAUGCAUCAAAAUCAAAUGAUUGAAAACGAAUUACUAAAAGAUAAAAUAGAUCCAAAUAAUUUACUCAAAAGUCAAAUGUUCAACAUUUCAACAAUGUACAACUUUCAAAAUGACACGGACCUCAUUCAUUUUCUCAACAAUUGGUUAAAGGAUAAACAAUUCGAAUUCUCAGUUUGGACUAAAAACAAUGUUGUUGACAAAUCCGGUUUACUAAAUAAACUUUUGUACGAUAUUCGCUUAGAACUUGAGAAUGUGACAAUUCCAGAUGGAGAAAAAAGAAUCAAUUCUAUUUACACGUAUCGAGAACGAUGCAAAAUUGAAGAGGAAAGAACCCUGGAGGAUAUAAUUAAUGAUUUUAAUGAUCAGCAAGCAGGUGAUACGAUUACAUUUGAGGAUUACUAUGCGGUAAGAAAUUUUGCCAUUUCUGGGUACGAGAGGAUAACGAGAGGUACACGUGAGGCGAAAUUAAUGAAAAAUGCUUUAUAUAAAUUGGCAAUAAGACAAUCUAACAACGUCAGCGAGGAAUACGAAUUGAAACUAUUUUAUUUCGAUUCAAUGCCGGUUGAUACCUUUCAAUAUCAAUUUAUUAAGGAUUCACAAGAUAUACACUUAGGUAAGUCAAUUAUUUUGCAAAGAUUUAUACGAACAUCGGGUAGUGCACUAGCUGCAAAAAGAAUUGCUGGACAUCCACUGGAUGGUUUUAGAAAUAUUUUAUAUGAGCUUAAUUUCUAUGGUCCUUAUUUAAGAGCAAAAAUAGAGAUUUCCGUCAAUGGAACUGAGAAUUUGAGGGAAAAAAAUGUAAUUCUUCUUCCUGGUAGUGAAUUUCAGGUUGAGAGACUGGCAAUAGUGCCUGGUGAAAAAAUUGGUCAAUACUUUAAAGUCGUAUUAUCCUUUAAACCAAAAAUUAAUGACAAAUACCAUAUGUUUAAGGAUAUUAUGAGACAAAUGGAUAGAAGCAAUUAAUAUUAAAAAUAUUGUAAUCAUUCAAUUAUUGUCAAGUCUUCUUUUGUUGGCUUUCAAAUAAAUUU